CUUUCUAUUGAUUCAUCAGUUAACUUUAUUUACUCUUUACCUUAUAGUUAUUAUGCAUUUCACAUUUGAAUCUGUGUUCUCUAAAACUAUACAUUACGUAGUCGAAGAUCUGGAAGCAUCGGCAUUUCAGCAAUUCCAGAUUUUAGACCAUUGCUUUAAAUCUAGUAAGAUGAUGUUAUGUAUCUGACUGCAGUUAGCCAAUCAGCUGCCUGCCAGAGUCCAGCAAGUGAGAGAAACAGUAGUUGCAUGUUAGCCUCAGAGAAGGAAGGUGGUAGAUUUAGUUAUGUUGUUGGAACGAGGAUUAUGCAGAGUGGAGCAGCAGAAGGUGAAAUAGAAACUAGACUGCGAGAAAUACGUAAUGCUCUUGUCCAGUUUGAAGGAGAAAGGAAGAAAAGUGUUGAAACUAUAAGUAACAUACAGAAAACUCAUGAACAGAUGCAAGUGGAAUUAAAAAGGUUAGAUCAAGAAGGGGGGAAACCAAAAAACAUGUAUCAUACAGCACUUCAAUAUACAGAAAAAGAAACUGAAUUAAUCAAGAAAGCUUUACAACUCAUUGAGGAAUUAUUUGCCUCUGAAUACCAGAAAUAUGAAUGCACAAUAAAAUCAUAUUUUAUGAGAAGUUAUCAUAAUUACAAAUAUUUAAUAAUGUUAACAGGUUCUAGACAAGUAAAAAGCAAAAUAUCAUUAAUGAAGUCAAUCACGCUGAGUGGUAUGAGUUUGCCUUUAUGGGUCGGCAAAUCAACUGAAUCACCACCACCAUUAUGUGGAGCCAUACCUGCCAAGCCAAAUUACAUAGCAAAGGUUGGUGAUAUGGUUGCAGCUUUAGUGACAGUGUCAGAAAACGAGGAUUGGAUUCUAGCUGAAGUUACUGGCUACAAUCAAAUGACUAAUCAAUACAAAAUUGAUGACAUAGAUGAAGAGAUGAGAACUGAGUAUAUUAUUGGCUAUAACAAAGUUAUUCCUCUUCCUGUAACAAGGGCUAAUCCUGAAACUAAUCCUAAUGCUCUUUUUCCUAAAGGAGCUCUUGUUCUGGCAUUAUAUCCACAGACUACCUGCUUCUACAAAGCCGUUAUACAUAAGCCUCCAAGAAAAGCUCAUGAUCCUUAUCAAGUUCUGUUUGAAGAUUCCUCGUAUACAAAUGGGUACUCUCCACCUGAAAAUAUACACCAGCGUUAUGUGUUACAUUUUAUGGAUAAUAAAAUCAAUGAUGAAUAAAUAUAUAUGCUUUAUUAUCAUGCUUGUAUAAAUAAAAAUAGGCAGCUAAUAUGUAAAUUGUUAUUCAUAGGCGGGAAAAUUGGAGGAUUUACUCUUUUUGACAUACAGUCUUGUUAUUUAUAACAUGUACAGAUACUGGAGAAUAUAUAUAUAUAUAUACUGUGUGGCCAUAAUUAAACUGACAGUGCUCACAGUGUUCUGUAGCGCGAUCUAUUUGCUAGAAUGACGCCACAUUUUGUAGGAAGAUUAAACAACACGGGGGGACAAAGGAUUCCGUGAAAAAACAAAUUAGUUCCAAAAGUCACACUAGGGGAAUAUUUGGCGCUGUGUAAUAGAAAAUAAGAGUGUUAACAACCUGAUUUUAAAUUGGUUAAUAGAUUUCAGGUUGUGCUUUUAGGGUUAGUACAUUUACCACUGAUUAAAUUCAUUUAAAUUUUUGGUUGAACUUGAAAUGCAUCACAAACUUGAAAAUUAUCCAUUUUAUAUUGCAUUUGUGGUUGGAAUUCAACCAUCCUUUUUUUUUAACCAUUUAACUUGGACUACAUUAAUGGAUAAUUUAACUGCUCUGAUUUGUAUAAAUUGUCUGAAACCAUUGAUUUAAUAUAAAAUUUUGGCUUCAGUACAUUGUUCAUUAUGUAGCUGUCUAUCCCAUUGCAUUAUGAUAUUGCACCAGUCCCCUGAAGAGGUAUUAUGAGAUAAGUUCCCUUUCUGUUUUUAUUUAUUAUAUUUUUAAAUGCUUUUGGUUUAUUCUCUUUUUGCUUUAAUGCAUUAUUCCUUUGUGACUUUUUAUUUUGAAAUGUUAGAUCUACAAACCUGUGCAGUAAUUCCCUUACGUAAAUUUGCAGUUAUAGAAGUAUACUAAAGUCAUAUCAUUCAAACUGAAACUUUCUAAUUGGAAAUAAGGGCUUUUUUAACAAUUUUUUCUUUCUCAACGUGUACUUUUCACAUCAUACAAUAUUUACAUGGUUAAUUCAUAAAAUAAUAAUGGUACAUAUGUAUUAACCUGUCGACUGUGAUAGUUAACUACCUUUAUACCAUGAAAUUUGGUAGAGAUUACCCCAGAGUUGCACCAAUCAUGCCUGCUGAAUUUGAAAGAACUCUCACCUUUUUACUUAAUAAAAAAAAUGAAGUAUUUAACCCACUUCAUUUUUUUUUCUUUUCGUAAAAAGGCUUUUGUCGAUUUCUGCUAUUUUAAGGCCUUCCAAUUUUACUGGAAGCUCUGUUUAGAAUGCAGCUAAUUCUUCCAAGAAUACUAUAAUUUUGAAAAUAAUCCGCUUUUCUUGUUCUGUAAAAAGGAAGAUCCCAGAAUUUAUUUUAUUUUUAUUUUUUCAAAAUUAGAGUAAUGGUUAAUUUAAAUGCAUGUCUAUAAAAAUAAAAGGAGGCUUAUUAAGAAUCAAUCGGAAUUAUAGCAAACAAAAAUGCAGGUGUUAUGAGUAUGUUCUUGCAUUAUUAGAUCACACUGCUUGGUGAGUUUCUAAGUCGAUAGCAUAAUAUGUAUGUAGCGAUACUACAAUUAAUAUAUAUAAGUAUUGAUAAUGUAAUCAAUAUGUAAUUUAUAUAUGUGUAAUAAGUUCUGUUGAUGACUAACUAAACAACUGUAUAGAUACAUAUUAUGAGAAAACAGAGAGCAAUUUUCAGCCGUAGCUGCUGAUUUGAACACAUAAUUUUGUUUUUCUUAACAGAGCAAUCCUUGAUAUACAUAAACAGAUUCACACAGCAUCAUUUAUGGGGUUGAGAUGCAACCCACAAUUUUAUAUAGCUUACAUUUUCAGAAAUAUAAACAUAAGCUAGCAGAGGCUAAGUGACACUCUAAGCAGUGGGAAAGGGAAGUAGAUAAAAAGGUGCACAAUAGUAACAGCAUUAUUAAACUGAGUUACUUGAAUUUUAAGCUCUGUAGUUGUAUGAGAGUUAUCCACAAUGCAGAAGAAUAAGAUGACAUAAUGCCGAUUAGUUUUCAGAUAUGACUCAUUUUAGAUUCCAGAAAGAGAAAACGUAGCCAAAGUAAAAUCAGAAAUUAAAAAGGACUUUCUAGAUUUAGUUAGUAAUUUUGAGUUAGAUAUAUUAAUUAGUCAAUAGGAUCCCUCAAGUGUGCAAUUGAAAAUUUUAUUUGGACUCUUCUUCAAGAUUUAAAAAAUCCUGUCUCUCUUCUGCUGAGGUGUUUUACCAGUGCUUUAAAAAAUGAAGUGUGUAGUGAAUGAAAGCAAUUUUCGGAUCUGUUCAAAAGUGCUUUGGAGCUCAUCAGACUGCAUUAUUUCUUUGCUUCCUUUAUCUCUUAUGUGAAUGAGUUAGUCCUAUCAGUUUUCAUCUGUAAAGGAUUGAAAAUUAUGCUUAAGUGCAUGCUAGAAAAUUAUUUUCUUUUCUGCUUUUCCAUAAUCACAUGCGCAUUACAAAUUCAUAGUUUUCUGACUAAAUUGUGUUUUUAAAAUGUAGCGUUAUUAUAUGAAAAAGUAUUAAUUUUAUGGUAUUAGAAAUUUGAAUUCUGUUAAUUUGAUUUAGUAAAGUAAGUAAAGAUUUUAAAAAUUAUUUUAGGGAAGGUUUUUAAGAUAAAUAAUUAUAUUUUUGAAUUUAUGUUGAAAAUUUUGAAAUAUUGCUAAGAAUUUUAUAAUUAUUUUGAAAAUGAUCUGAAUAGUAAAAAUGAAUCAUGCAAUUUUGGAAACAUUUAUAUAGAAAAAGGUAAUAAAAAUUUUGAUUUCAAGUUUUAAUAUAAAAUAUGAAAUCUGUAAUAUUGAAUACUGUUAUAAUUAAUUAAUGAUUAUAUGCAAUGUAGUAAGAUAAAUUUUGAAGGCUCCCACCUUAUGACAAAAUAUUAAUUUUUUUUUAUGUAUGACAGAUUUUUUAACACCAAAUUGAAUGUUUUAUAGCAGUUCAAAAAAGUGAAUUGCUAUUAUACAAUGAACAAAGGCCUUUAUAAGUAACUGCCAGAGCUAGUUUUUAAGCAUUGGUUUUUAAGCAUACAUCAAUAAGUUAGUGUGGAUUUGCCCAACAGGUUUGCAUUUGGAGAAAAGCUUUGGAGUCUUCCAGUGUUGCAUAAAAUAAGAAAAUUAGAAAUGUCUUAAUAAAAAGCACAGUUUCAGUAAUACUUUUCUAAAUGAUGUUAAAAUGCAAGUUAUAAUUUUAAAAAUGAGAUAUGUUAUAAAAUUUUUAAAUUUGUUGUGAUUAUCCAAAAUAAGUAAUGAAUGUAAAAGGUAUUUAUAUUUGUGAUAUUGUAUGAAAAGUUUUGAAAAAUUUAAUAAAUUUAUAAGACCCAA